AUGUUGAUACAUCUCUUGGCCUUGGCUAGUGUGGCUCCUAGCAUGGUAGCCUAUGGCCACUUCGUUAGACAUGAUGCUUAUACGCUCGAAGAGCUGUAUGGACCAUGGGUUUCGCCCGCCACCGAAAUCGCUUCUUCAACAGAUGCCAAUUUUUCCACCGUAGUUGGGCCACGGUGGUCGGCUUGGGAAGCUCCCCAAUGGUCUGGGGCAAUCAAGCCUGCGACAGAAAAAGAUCUCCAGAAAGUGGUCCAAAUCUCAGUGGCAAACAAUAUCCCAUUCAUUGCAACAAAUGGCGGUCAUGGCCCCAAAUUCGGCCAAGGCCAGUUCACCGGCAUCAAUGUGAACCUCGCCAGCUUUAAUACUGUCACUAUCGAUACCACCAACAAUUUGGUCACCCUUGGAGCUGGCGUCAAGCUGUGGGAUAUCGAAAAGGGAUUGUACGAUGUUGGAAAAGAAAUCCAAACCGGCAAUGCCGCCUGCCCAGGUGCUAUCGGCGUGACCCUCGGUGCCGGCAUUGGCAUGAUGACGGGCAUGCACGGGCUAUUGAUCGACACGCUUAAAUCUGUCCGUGUGGUAACCUCAAAGGGUCAGCUGGUGAAGGCUUCGGCGACAGAAAACAAGGACCUCUUCUGGGCAAUUCGCGGAGCCGGCAUCAACUUUGGCAUCGUCACAGAAGCAACCUACGGAAUCCAUGACCAAACCAACAAUGGUAACGUGACGGAAGCUACAUUUGUUUACGCGGCGCCAUCUAAUCGUUCGCUCUGGGAGACCAUGAAGACGUUUGAUGGCAACCAGCCGGCCAAGCUGUCGUUCCAAGCCGUCGUCAGGUUUGACCGGACUUCCAACUCGGCGAAUAUAAUUCUGCAGCUCUGGUACUUUGGCCCUGUAGAGGAAGCGCAGCCAUACAUUGACCGGUUUGCCGCCGUGGGCCCGGUCGUCAAAUCCGUGGCAUAUCUAUCCCAACCCGACGUGUACUACCAGUCUCAGACGGCUGGAGUGUGCGACAGGGGGAAAAUCGUCAGUGCGCACACAUUAGGCUUCAACCACACUGAUGUCGCAAGCUACGAGACUCACUUUGCGGAUCUAAUGGCCUUUUACAAGGCAAAUCCUGCCUUCGAGGGAGAAUCCAUAUUUCAGUAUUACAGCAACAAGGUUACUCUCCAGACACCGGCGUCUGAAACUGCCUUCCCCUGGCGUGAUGUCCAAGUGUGGUGGUUCACGCAAGAAGAAUACACUGACGCCUCGAUCAGGCCUCAGGUUGAUCAGUUUAUGAGUGGACAACGCACGAACAUGCAGACUACCAGCGGUUUCUCUACGCCUCAUGUCUAUUUGAACUACGCCUAUGGAGACGAAGGCGCGGCCGCGUGGUAUUCUGCAGCCAACUUGCCCAAGCUUCGAAAACUCAAAUCUAUCUGGGAUCCCGCUCGUGUAUUUGGAAAUGGGGCGUCUCUUUACUAA